GCAUAUUCCUCUUAGCUGCAGGUGCUUCUGUGCUCCUCUGAACACCAUCGUUUCUAGUUAAAACCCUUCGGAAACGUUUGUGUUUUUCUACAACAAAGUUCAGAAUAGCAGUUAUAGCCAGUAAUAUGGUGACGUAACACUUUUCCCCUGUAUGUUGUCCAGAAAACUCUUUAAACCAGUCUGGGGUCAUUGAGUUCCUCUGAACUCUCCAAGUCUGCCCAGAGCCUGAGCUGUGCCAAGGCAACUUUCUUCCAGUUUGGGAAUCGUACAGAGAUCUCUCUCCACAUAGCUUUAAAGCAUGAUCUAGUAAUGUUAGCAGCUUGAUUCAAUCAUUAACAAGAAAUUGCAAAAAGACAAGCAAACUGCCACAGAUAACAACAAACAGUUUGGCAGAUGGUGGGAAAGGAACAGCUGUGUCAUCAUAUUUAAGGUGAGAGCCUGAAGCAACAGAAACCUGAGUCCUUCUGAGGCAGGUGAGCAGCACCCAGGAGUUGUUGCUGUUGAAUUACUUUACUUGGUGCUGGGCCCCACUGCAACUGAGGUACUGCUAUAUUCCAUAUUGCCGAGUCUUCCAGCCGCAAAUUAAGAAUAUGCAUCUGUUCCUCCUCUCCAUUUUAUAUUUGCCUUUGAAAGCCACUGGCACCAAAGAGGUUAUAUUUGGUCAUAAUAAUUUCACAGAAUAUCAAGUGGGCAACAUGAACCUGAUUCUCUCUGUCCCACAUGGUGGAUCAAUGGAACCCAGAGACAUCCCAGAUCGAGAGGCUGGCUGUUGGGAUGCAAACACCUCCUCUUGUAUUUUCUCUCAUGAGUGUCCUCCUGGAACUAUUCAAAAUUAUAAGAAAUGCAAAGUGUCCACCAAUCAAGACAGGUUUACUAUAGAGGUGGCUCAGGCUCUGGCUGAAGAAAUCAACAAAAUUACUAAUGCCUUCUUCCCACAUAUCAUUAUAAACCACCUACAGAGGUUCAAGAUGGAUGCUAAUAGGGAAAAGGAAGAAGCCUCCUUUGGAAUUCCCCAAGCAGAACAGGCCUGGGAGGACUAUAUGGGAUUUUUGACCACUGCAAAAUCGCAGAUGACAGGGGGCCUGAUUCUGGAUAUCCAUGGACAAGCACAUCCUGAAAAAUGGAUAGAACUAGGUUAUACACUUUCAAAAACUUCCCUUAACUCGGGUGUCUUUUCGACAUCAUAUUCCUCAAUUAGCCAUCUUGCCAGUCAGCUAGUCAAUGUGUCAUCUGAGACUUUGGUUACAGGGAACAGAAGUUUGGGUAAAUAUAUUGAAGAACAAAAUAACAGCUAUGUUUGUGUGCCUUCUCCAUCCAAUCCUAGCCCCCAAAAUGGGAGCUAUUAUAGUGGUGGAUACAUAACAAAGACUUUUGGUUCCCGUAGUUCCGGCACCAUCGAUGCCAUUCAGCUUGAGCUACCCCAGUGGGUGAGGGCAGUGGAAGAACGUCCCAGAUUUUGUAAAGCACUAGCAAGGGCUGUAAUGAAAUUCUGGCACACUAACUAUUGCAGCCAGUAUAACCAUGAAUUUCUGCCAUGCUGAAAGCGGCUGUCUUCUUAAGAUACCUUCCCAUAAUAAAGGUAAUGAUUUGGAUCAACAGAAUAACUGAUAAACCAGGACCAUUUAAGCCUACAAUAGAAUUGUGGAUGGUGGUGGAAAGGAACUAACCUACGAAGGAAUAGAGAGACAUUGACAUAGAGAAAAUCCACGGCUGAUACCAACAAGUCUGUUAACACACAGCUUUGUACUAGAUCCAGCAUUGAAAACACUGCCUGAAGAAGAGUGGGUAUAUUUGAAAGUAUCACUUGUUUGGUAUGCUUUCCUGGGCUUAAUUUCUUUCCAGUAGCAUCCUCUGUUCUCUAUCACACAAUAAACAACUGUACUUUUUCUAAUUAAUUCUGUGCAGUACCUUCGUAGAUUAUGUGUUCAAAGAAAUGAAGUAUCUCUACUUGUGACAAUUGGAUAAUAUCAUUGUGUAAAAUGUUUGGGCUCGGGACCAGUUUCCAUUUGUUGUUUAUAAAGCCCUAAGAGUUAGAACUCUUCAAAUAAACAGUAAUGCUGAACAAGGAUACACAGUCUAAACUAAGUCAUUUUUUGUUAA